UUUCCAUUUGUCAAAAGUACGUCAGUACUUUACAGUUCUUUAGCAACGUAACAAGUCCUAUAACAUCUAAUAACAGUUAACAUGAAAUUCCUUACUUUGUUUGUCGUCGCCGCUUUGGCUUUCAACGUCGUUGCCGCCAACUACGAAUACGCCAUCCAUGAAAACCACGGUGACAUUUAUGUCAAAUCCAUUAAGGAAUACGCUAGCUAUGUUGUUGAAUUCUUUGGCCGUUUCUACGAAUUGUUCAAGAACUUUUUGUACCAAGCUUACCAACAAUUCGAAAAAUACUUCCCCACUGAAGUCAAAGCUGCCAUCGAAAACGUCUUCAAGUACUGGCCCACUUUUGACAAAUUGAACAGCCCCGAAUUCUUCGAUGCCAUCAGAGAAUUCUUCCGCGCUUUCGCCAACGCCUACUUCCCUCAUCAAUUCGGUGCCUUCUUCGAAACCACCGUCAAGUGCUUCACUGACGUGACUGAAUACAUGUGCAAAGAAUUCUUGCCCACCAUUGGUCGCUACGUCGAACAUGUUCCCCUCUUGAAGAACGGUCUCCAACAAUGGACCAUGUACAUGGAAAAAUUGGUGCCCCACACUCGUCAAAUCUAAAU